AUGGCUUCUCAGGCGCCAACCCAAGGCGCUGGCACGGCCAACUCAUAUGCAGGGCAACCAGCAACAUCACCGGCUGGCCCUCCCGCCGCGACUACGGCUGCAGCUGGCACCACUGGAGGUGCCAUGUCAAACCAGAAUCUGAACCAGAUAGUAACGGAUUAUUUGCUUAAGCGAGGCUUCAACCGAACUGAAGAGGUUUUCAGACAGGAGUCAAAGCAUCUGGGUAACGAUGGAAAACCAGUCCAGCAACUGGCAAAUCUAGGUCCAAAGAAGUAUUCGAGAGCGUUUCGCCUCUUGAAGGACUGGGUCGAAAACAAUCUCGAAAUCUACAAGUUUGAGCUCUCAAAGCUUCUCUGGCCGACGUUUGUUUACUCUUUUAUCGAGCUGGUCGCAAAUGGAUACACAGAAGAGGGCAAGCUGUUCCUCAAGGAAAUUGGACAGCAUUUCCAGGCGUCACAUGCAGAUGACUUAAAGACGUUUUCAACCAUCACGCUUCCACAACAUACAAACGAGAACCCCAUCACCAAAUUAUACAAGGAGAACAAAUAUCGUAUCCCCUUGAACCAACACGCGACCGGCGAUCUUUUCAACUUCCUCGAGCGCGAGUCUGAUCAAGGUGGAUCCGUGAUCCGACAACUACUCGUCUCAUAUUGCCAGAUUGAUUCAACGGCUCGAGGGCCCAUCACUCCAUUUAGCUUUGAAGCAGUGUUCAGGAAGACCAAGAAUCUAGAAGUUGAGGAGGUGGAUACCAAGGAAGGUAUUCCAGGUGUCAACAUCGGGCUGUCCAACAAAGAUAUCUUGGACCCGGCCGCCCCUCUGAGCCUUGGACCUCUACCGAUGGAUACUGAUCUUCGCGACGAUAUCCGAGCGGAAAUCGAAGACGACGAACGGCGGAAUCCCCCGGCCCCAGGUGCACCCAGCCUGAUCGAAGAGCUCGACCAAAAGAUUAAACGAGAAGAGAGUGCAGAUGCCCCAAGCCGAGCCGAUCUACCUCUACCCCCAUCUCGCCCGCGAGACAUUAUGCUUGAAAUGCAAAAGCUGCGAGAAAACAGAGACCGAUUCAAAAUCGAGGGUCGAACAGGUGGUGUGGGCGUCCCCGUCAGCGCCUGCAUCGUAUCAUGCAUGGAGUUCUCCGACGAUGGGCAGCUUGCGGCUGUGGGUACCAGCGAAUCCUAUAUCCGCGUCUGGUCUCUAGAUGGCAAAGCUCUCCCCAGCUCAAAUGCUCAUGAGAAGGGUGCCAAGUUCAACAGCCGGAAGCUGAUUGGACACUUUGGCCCCGUAUUCGACAUUUCGUUCUCCGACUCUGCUUCGGGGCCUCCCCAAAAGCUGUUUGGUGAUGAAGGACGCCAGAACGCGGCAAUGGACGGGCGGCCGAAGUUGUUACUCUCAUGUUCAGGGGACGGACAAAUCCGGCUGUGGUCUCUAGAAUCUUGGACCUGCCUAUGCGUUUACAAGUCACACGACGGACCUGUCUACAGAGCGCAAUGGGGCCCACACGGACAUUACUUUUUAACUGGUGGCUACGACAAGGUCGUUCGAGUGUGGAUGCAGGAUCACGCAUCACCUCAGCGUCUCCUCGUUGGGCACGACACCGCCAUCUCCGCUAUUGCAUGGCAUCCCAACGGCAUGUACGUAUUUUCGGCGUCAGACGAAACGGACAAGUCUGUCCGCAUGUGGUCUGUGGUGACAGGUGCCUGCGUGAGAGUAUUUACUGGGCACACCGAGCACGUCAGCUCUCUGGAGUGCGCUCCCAAUGGCAAGAUUCUAGCCAGCGCAGACGUUGCGGGCAACAUUUUCUUCUGGGAUCUAGUCAAGGGAACUCGCAUAAAGCGGUCUCGCGGCCACGGCAAAGGCGGCGUCUGGUCACUGAGCUUUAGCGUUGAGUCUAACAUACUUGCCUCUGGUGGCCAAGAUGGCACUGUUCGGCUGUGGGACGUCGAAUCACCAGCAGAUCCUCACAAAGCCGCUCAACAGGCCGGCCUUGAGGCUGCCGCCGCCGUCGCCGAUUUGGCGAUUGGUGGUCCCAACGGAGAAGCGUCAAGAAUCAACGCUGGACCUUCGGGCCAACCAGCCAACACUGGAGCCACCACGAGCACCAAGAAGAAGAGCAAGGAGGUGAUGAUUACUCCCGAUCAAAUCUCUGCCUUUCCCACAAAGAAGACGCCUGUGAUUAAUGUCAAGUUUACUCGAAUGAAUCUCGUUAUAGCAGGCGGAUGCUACGAUCCUGACCGGUAG